GAUUGUUUGACAUAUCUCAUCGUUGUGUGUUUCCAUUCGAUUUUCUGAUUUUGCUUGAUCAUCUUCUCUUCGGCUGGUUGAAUAAUUCACAAAACGCGAAAAAAUCUUUAAAAAAUUGGAGGAUGGCAUCGGAACGAUACAGUUUCUCUUUGACUACAUUCAGUCCUUCGGGAAAGUUAGUUCAGAUCGAAUAUGCUCUGGCUGCUGUUGCGGCAGGCGCACCAUCAGUCGGUAUAAUGGCUGCGAAUGGUGUUGUUUUGGCCACCGAAAACAAGCACAAAUCCAUUUUGUACGACGAACAAAGUGUACACAAAGUGGAGAGCAUUGCCGAUCACAUCGGUAUGGUGUACUCGGGCAUGGGACCGGACUAUCGCCUACUUGUUAAACAAGCCCGGAAAAUGGCUCAGAACUAUUAUCUCACUUACCGUGAACCGAUACCAGUGGCGCAGCUAGUUCAACGAGUUGCAACGUUGAUGCAAGAGUAUACGCAAUCGGGUGGUGUACGACCAUUCGGCGUUUCGUUGUUGAUCUGCGGAUGGGACAGCGAUAGACCGUACUUGUUCCAGUGUGAUCCGUCCGGAUCGUAUUUCGCAUGGAAGGCAACUGCAAUGGGCAAGAAUUCCAUCAACGGGAAAACGUUUUUGGAGAAACGUUACAACAAGGAUUUAGAAUUGGAUGAUGCAGUGCACACAACCAUUUUAACGUUGAAGGAAGGAUUCGAGGGUCAAAUUACUGCUGACAAUAUUGAGGUGGGCAUUUGUGAUCAGAAUGGUUUUCGUCGCUUGGAUGUUUCGACGGUCAAGGACUAUUUGGCCAACAUCCCGUAAAUUAGGCAGUUUAGUUUGUAGGCCACACAUUUUUUGGCAUUUUUCUUUCCUUUUUUGUAUUUGUACGCCGGAGUCUUUGGAUUUUGAAUUAAAUUCUUGAAAGCAAAAA